GACCCAGUAUGGCGUCACGUGUUAUUGUCUAUGACGUGUCCCCCACCCAUGAUUUAAUUGUGUUGAAGAAAAUGUAGAUUAUUUAAUUUAAUUUUUUGUAAUGAAAAGUAAUCUGUAUAUUUUCGAAAUGACAGAUGAUAAUGCUAUGUCUAGUCGAAUUUUAAAUACCAUUGAGGCAAUAGUUAAAAAUGAUAGGGUACUUGAUUUUGAAAUUAUACCAGUAGAAGAUAAUUCUACAAAUAAAUCUCCCGUCGUAUACGAACACUACCACUUGGGUUUAGAAUCUUGGUGUACAAAACAUGUAUACCGAUACGCCUGUUCUGAAUUAUUUAAAAAACGACCGCUUUUAGCCAAAAAGAGAUUAUCUUAUUCCGAAAUGGAAAGGCUCGAUAAUUUUUUAAUAGGAGUACUAUUAAUUAACCCCGAUGUUACUACGUUUUGGAAUAUGAAGAGAGAAUUAGUAGAGUGUGGUAUAUUAAAAGAACAAGACGAAUUAAAAUUCAGUAAAAUUGUAUUAACGUAUAAAGCAAAAUCGAAUGAAGUAUUUAGCUAUAGAAAAUGGUUAAUAAAGAGGUUACUUGAGAAAACACCAACAGCUGAUUGGGAUAACCCAAUAACAUUGAUGUUAGAUGAAUUUGCUGUUAUUCAUAUGGCAUCUUCUAAAGCCCCUAAUAAUUACCACAGCUGGAAUCACAGGAUUUGGUGUAUGGAAAAUAUCGCAUCUCAUCAUCCAACUAUCAGCCGCAUUGUCAAAUCUGAACUAGAAUACAGUCAUCAAUGGAUAUACAGUCAUAUGUCGGAGUAUGCUGGUUAUAAUUACCGCCAAUACCUUAUUUUAUUAGUGAAAAGACACAAGGGUAUCGUGGAAACGUUCAAUUCUUUCUACGUAGCUGUGAGAGGAAAAGAUUAUGAUUCCAUUGUGGAUUUUGCAACGUAUCUUUUGGGAAAAACCGAUAAUUCGGAAGUUCUAGAAAAUAUAACUUCUUACGUGAAUUAUAUAUGUAUUCUGUUGUAUGAUAACACUAGGACUAUACCUAAAUUGAAUUGUUGGCCCCCCGUACGCGAAUCAUUAUUUAAUCAUAAAAAAUUCGUAGUUUAUCAUCUCGUUAAAGUAAUAUACGAAUACCACGGACUUAAUAUUAGAUCGAGGUUUUAUACAAGAGGUAGCGAAUUAGCUAAAGGAACGGAUAAUGUUACUCGUUCCAAUACUAUAUUAACAUCGGCACACGUUAAAAUUGAUAAAAAGUCUUGUCCUACUUCUUAUUUACCUAGACCCGUCGUUUGGUCUAGAAUAAACGAAACACGGUUAUUUAAUUGUAUAAUCGAUCAAGAAUCGGAUUUUUUUAUUAAAAAUUUCGAUAAUAGCAAUUUGAUCAGGUACCGAAACUGGUUCAUAUGUAUACUCGGUUUUAAACUGGAUUUUUAUGAAUUUGCGCCGAUGGAAUAGAUCUCGAAAAGUAUGAGAUUCUGAUGCACCAUUUAUUUACAUGGAAAUGUUUGUUGCACUUGAAAUUUGAACAAAAAAAUCUACGACAAGAAAGUACAAGAUACAAAGAAAAAAUAAUGAGCGCCAUUGUUUUGGAAUUUUUUUAUAUCUAUUAUUUCACUUGUACAGAAUUUUUUUAUACGAAUUAAGUUACUGAAAUGUCUGAAGGAUUUAUAAAAUAAAUAAAAAACGUAUUGCAAUAAUUUCAAUAUUAUUUUUUUGGUGGUAUAAAAUUAAUAAAUAUAAUGUAGUCAUCAUCAUUCGUAUUUUGACAUUCGAUACGUCGAUACAAUUGGUAUCCCUGUUGCUCACCAAAAGUCAUUUCGGGAUUACGUCACAAUCGGCAGCCAUAUUGAUAACAUCGUUUUAUUAAUGUAGAAUUAAUAUAUCUAGAGAGAGAGGUAUGAACCCGAGAUGCUGAUAGACAGAAAGAGAUACAAAAGAAAUGGGACGGUGUACUUACCAAAUCUGUCAGAUUGUCUUCUGACGUUACAAAUUACCCGACAUUACCUCACUUUAUAAUAAAAAAUAAACAACAUAAUAAA